AAGCUAUUGAAAAGUGGUAACCUAUGUUGUAUGAAUUUUCCCUGUAACAGUCCUUUGUUUUUAGCAUACACUAGUAUAUUGUUACGAACAAAGAGUUCUUGUUGGUUAGAUACCCACCUGUUCCUAUUUCUUUUUGCUCCCAUUCUUUUGUUGUUGGGACUUUUUCUUUCCAUGUUGAAUUCAAGUUUUAAGAUUCUGAAAGGCUCCAAGUCUUCCAAGAAACAGACUUUAUUUGUUUUAGAUGAUUGUUUGGUGGCUGGUCAAUAUAUUCCAAACCGUUUCAGAAAAGACUGGGAACACGCCAUUCAAGACUUGAGAGAUUAUGUUCGUGGGAAAGCUAAGAAUGUUCUUAUUGUAGAUGUUUCGAGAACACUGGACGAAAGCAAACGUUUAUAUGAAGCGACUAUAUCGCUAUUUGACGCUAUCGGAGUGGAACCCCAAUAUAUGUCCCUUGGGACUUAUCUAAGCGUUCCUCCUCUAUUAAAGAUAUUGCAGGUUUCCGCAAUGAUGUACAAUUGGAUUUCAAACGGUAUGAAAGAACGCGAAUGUAGGGUGGUAUUGGUGCUCGGUACUUGCGACAUUGUCUCUAUGAAAACUAUUUCCCUUAUGGUAUCUGCCUAUUGGUUAUUUGUUAGCAAGUACAACACAGGAAUAGAGUCACUCGAGCACUUUAUGAAAAAAGCAAAAGUUUAUCAUAAUUUUUCUGCUGCCGAUGUUCAGCCAAGAAUUGAAACCAGUCAUGUUGUAAGGCUUUUAAACUGUAUCACGCAGUUGAAAAGCUCGAUGGACGUACCAAGGCAAAUAUUAAUCAACUUGAAGAAGACACUUAUAGUGGGAACGGUAUACCUUCCGGGAAGGCGUCCUUGGAAUCCUAUUUUAAGGUUGUAUUCAGGUCGGGACGAAUAUUCGGAAGACUAUAAAACGAUAUGUCAGAUGAGCACAUCACCACAGGAUAGUCAAGUUGGUGAAGGCUUUGCCAAUUUUAUUUUAGGUAUUCCUAUGUAUGGAGAUUUCACUUUGUCGUUUGAGCACUGGGAAGAUAUGGCUCAACACACUAUACCAAUCUUUACUAUUUUUUGUCAUGCGAGUUUUCUAACUCCAUCAUCUCGUCGUUUCAACCGUGAUGAGAUUGAAAUCUAUCCGGAGUUGGCUUUGGGAGUUGAUGUCGAUUCAUUGGAGUAUAUUGAUCUUUAUUUUGAUGAAUUGGUUGAUUCAUGCAACGAUAACAAUGACAGUCGUUCUAUUACAUCGGAUAAUAAUAAUAAUAGUAGUAUCGAAACAGAGAAGGAGUGGGAGGCAAAGACAUAUUUGAAUGAAAUCAAUGACAUGCUCCAAAGGGCUCCUGAAUAUCCUCCCAAGAGAAGAUAUUUAGAGAGAAACUAUUCAAGUGCUACUAUCAUAGCCUCCAAUUCAACACGUCAUUUUUCUGCAGGAAAGGAUCCCUUGGUGAAGGAGUUGACUGAACAUUUCAAGACCAAAUAUUAUAAUGAAUCGGAGAACAAGGGUUCUAGAGUUUUAUUGGAUAGUGGUAGAGCUUCAGCAGAGUUUGAAAUGGAAUGGUUUUAUGCGGCAUUUGAGAGAUAUUUGGAUGAACUGAGUCAAUAUCGAAAUGGUUAUACAGAAAACGACCGAAAGAUGGCUGUGAAGAAGGCUUUGCUUUCGCGAUUUCCAGCAACUGCAUCUCUAAUAGAGACUCUUGAUGACCAUUCAAUUGAACGAGCAUUGAGGAAAGUCAUGCAGGAUGAAGAAAGUUCAUAUUUGGAUGACAAUGAAUCAGAUGCGGACUAUUCUAUUUGUUCUGCGAAUAUUGAAACUAGAAGGAGCAGUCAUACUAGUCGUCAAGAGUUUUUGGUGGAUGAUACUAAAGAUAAUGUAGAUUCCGUUUUGGAUGAGUUGAAUGAAGGUUGGGAGGAAGAGAGACAAAGAGAGAAGAAGACUCUUUCGAAGAAUGAAUGUAUAGAAAUGGAGGAUAAGAAAGAAAGUUUGUCACCAAAACGAGCGAUAGGAGUAGAUAAGACACAUGAAGAUGAUAUAUUCACAUUGAAUCAUCAUGAGCAGGAGUCAAAACAACAUUCAAGUAAUGCCUUGGAAACUAGACAAGUAUCCAAUUCUGUUCCUCCUCCUUCUUCGUUUACAGUUUCCAAAACAGCAACGAAUCAUGGACCAUCAGAUUCUGUAUCACCACCACCACCACCACCACCACCUCCUCCUCCUCCUCCUCUUUCAUUCUCGGGUAUCGCAGCCAAUUCUCAAUAUUCUUCCGUUUCUGGAGCAUCUGCAACUGCAGGAAAUGCACCACCUCCACCACCACCUCCUCCUCCUCCACCACCACCACUUAUGGGUGGUACUCCCAUGUCAAGUGCAUCUUUUCCAAAUACUCCAUUCGGAUCGGAACAGAAAAGGAGAAAUGUGAAACAAUUACAUUGGAAUACAGUGCCUAGAAAUAAGAUAACAAAGACUAUUUGGGGAGAAGGUUUAACAGAAGAAGCUAGUGAACUGGCAGAGGCAAUAGUUACUGAACAGGUUGUGCAAGAACUGGAAUCCAUGUUUAGUUUGAAACAAACUAAAUCCACUGGAAAGAAAUGGGAACAAGAUGCCAAUGGUACAACCCAUACAAGCACAACACAAGGCAUUUUGGAACCAAAGAGAGCUACCAACAUCGAAAUUAUGCUGAGACACUUCUCAGCUGCACCAGAAGAUAUUGUUAGAGCUAUUACUGAAUUAGACACCGAUUCUCAAGUACUUUCUGAUGAAAAUAUCGUUCAAUUAUCUCUCAACGGCUUACAAGAAGAUGAAAUAGAUAGAGCGAAAAACUUUACGAGGGAUCCUUCUUGUUUAAAUACUCCAGAAAGAUUUGCAUAUCUGUUAUCCAAAGUUCCAAGAAUUGAAAAUAAGAUACGAGCUGCUUUGGCUAUUCGUAACUUGGAUUCGAGCAUUGAGGAAGUGUCUAAAAACAUUGAAAAAAUACAAGGCGCUUGUACUGAAGUAAAGGAUAGCAAAGAAUGGAGACAAAUCUUAAAACUUGUUCUGGUAAUCGGUAACUUUUUGAAUCAAGGGACACCACGGGGUCAAGCUUUGGGAUUCAAGCUGGAAACGCUGACUAAAUUGCAAGAUACCCGCGCAUCUGACCAACGUACCACUCUUCUCAAGUAUAUCGUUGGUCUUUAUAAGCAGAAAUUUGCAGACAUGAUAAAUGUUGCUUUGGAAUGGAAGCAUGUUGAAGAUGUGAGCAAAUUGACGCAAUCGGAAGUAUCAUCGGAUGUUUUGUCUCUUCAAAAUACGUUGCAGUCUUUGAAGAAAGAAAUUGAAUUUUUCAAGCAAGUUGAUCAGGAAAAAUGGCACAAGUUGCAUUCAUUUUAUGAGAAAGCCAAUGAGAGAGUGACCCAUCUGGUUGAAUCUCAUAGUCGUGCAAUUGACGAGUUUCGUCAGCUUUUGACAUAUUUUGGUGAGAAUCCGAGUCAAAUGAGUUUAGAAGACUUUUUUGGGAUCAUUUAUCAGUUUAGUGUUCGUUACAAUCAAUGUUUGAAAGAGGUUGACGAGGAAGAAGAAAGAGCUCAAAGGUUACAACAAAGUGAAGAAAAGAAGAAACGACUUGUUAAAAGGAACUCUGGUCAAGUGUGGGAGAAACAGCAACAACAACAACAACAGAACAACGAACCAAUGAAUUCUUCCGAGAGACAGGAUGGAUGUGAAGAACAAGUCAAGAAAGAAACGGAGAAUGUUUCAUCACUUCCUAUACAAAGAAAGCUAUUUCCGGAAAGCCAUAAUGAGGAGGAAAUGGAGUCGAAGCCAUCUCCUUUCAAUGAAGAACCAAUCGUUGCCGUUCAAGAAAGACAAUCAGAUUCUCUAUUAAGGGACAACCAUAUAGGGGAGUUUGUGGAUGGUAAUAAUACUAGUCAUGACCAAGUAUCUCAUGAACAGCAGCAUAGCGAUAAUAAUGAUGUUUUGUUAAGAGGUGAAGAGGUCUUGCCAUCAAAGGAACUAGGCACUGUAUUAUCCCGUGUAAGUAGUGAAGCUAUUCCUAAAGUCUCAGAUUUGCAGUUAUCAUUAGACGACAAAGAUCAACGACCGGAAACGAGAAAACCAAUUGAUAGGAAUGAACAAAGUAUUACGCGACAUUCCAAACAACAUUCUGUGGCCACCGUCCCAAGUCCUACUUCAACAUUUCAGUCGCAUAGUAAUCGUAGUUCUUCUACUGCCAAGUCAUCUCUAUUUCCUAAUAUAUGGCACAAAGAUGCUCUUUACGACUCUAAUUCUAAAGAUAUCGUGUACAAACAGUCCGAAGACAAGAAUGGAAAGAAAAAGAGAUUUAGAAUGACUAAUGUAUUUUCCAAGAGACAGUAAAAGAAUGAGGGACAACUCCCCUCU